GUAAGAUAGAACGACGUUUGUGUCGACUUGUGUCGCUUGCUCUGGAAAGCUCCCUUCGAUAUGGCGCACUACUCGAAAGUCGAAAAUACAAAUACUUCAACUUCAGCUCGUUUCAGCUCGAUAGGAUUUCAAGAUAUGGAUCAUGAGUCAUGACGCUCGCGCGAUAAAUAUCAGUGAUGGGACAUGUCGCGUCAGAUCGCAUGAUGCAACAGGAGCCGGCGGCCGGCCACGGGACAACGUGGAGUCCGCUCGACGCGUUUCAGGAUGGCGCGCAUUGCGAGUACGCGGUGAUCGUGCUGAAUCGUCCCAUAUACUGGAGGCACGACGUGCUGCUUCAAUUCUGGCGCAAAGCAGCUCGAGUCACCGUCACUGUGGAUGGCGGAACGCAAAGGUGGCUGAAAUAUCUGGAGGAACAGGGGAUAGACGUAUUGAACGACGAGCGAUACGUACCGAAUCUUAUCACAGGAGAUAUGGACAGCUGUCCGCUGUCCCUGAUCCAGAAGUUGAGAAGUAUAGGAUCUACUGUCAUUGAGACGCCCGAUCAGAAUCACACAGAUUAUACCAAAGCUUUGUUGCAAGUUGCGCACUACGCCAGAACGCGCAAUAUAAAUUUAGGUGAAAUAUACGUGCUUGCAGAAACGUCGGGCAGAUUCGACCAUAUCAUCGGCAACGUCAAUACCUUGUACAAAAGUGAGAAGCUCGUGGGAAAUAUACGGGUACUACAAGUCGCAAGCAACUCUUUAACAUGGAUAUUAAAACCUGGUUUGCACAGAAUACAUAUACCACAGAUCCUGGUAGAACAGAAGUCUUGGUGUGGUCUACUACCAUUCGGUUGUUCCGUUAAUUGUAUAUCAACAACUGGUUUGAAAUGGAAUUUAAAUAACUCAACUAUGCAAUUUGGCGGUUUGAUAAGUACCUCAAAUACGUAUGAAAAUUCUGAAGUGACUGUAAAUACAGAUACAUCGGUAAUAUGGACUAUGGGUAUAGAGUCUCUUAAGGAUAAUGCAAAUGAUGAAGCGUCGUAAUAUUAGCCUGCCAUUAGAUAAUAAUGUGGAUAGAUGAUGCAAAUUAUCAGACAUAGUUUUAGAGGUCAGGUGGAUUAAAUUAGCUCUGUCUAAGGUAUUUUUUAUUUGAAUAGGUAGUAAACUAGAUCUGCAUGAAAUUGAAAACAAUGGCUGUGUUCAACAGAGAAAUGCUUUGCAAAAUUCAUGGAUUUGAUUGGUGUAUACUCUUGCAAUUAGCUUCGGCCAAAAUUAAAAGCAUAUAUCAAUCAGAUUUCUCUAUUGAACCAAUUUUAAAUUCAGUCUUGAAUCUUUUGGCUAUUGGCAUUAGUACUAUCGCAGGAUAAAACUAUUAUAAUAAUGUGUGAUAACAAUGAGGUAGUAGGUGUAUGCAAAAAUUUUAGUCUUUUUCUUCAGCGCUCUAUUAUCAUUAUUUAAAUCUCAAAUAAAUUCUUGCCUUUCUGCGUUUUUAAAUUGGUCAUGAAUUAAGUUUGUAAAUCAUCAUCAUAUGUCAUGAUUUAAUGAUAAACACAAUCUGGUAAAACAAUAGUGAACACGAUGAGCGACGAAAACCGCAUGUUGCUCUUUGUAUUCAGCAAAUCAUCUUUGAUUUGGGCUGGGAAAUUUACCCGAGUUGACGCCUUCGGAUUAUCAUCUAUUCCGAUCGAUGCAGCAUUCUUUAGCCGGACAGCGCUUUCAAAAUGUGAAUGAAAUACGAAAAUAGAUCCACGAUUUUAUUGCCUCCAAACCGAUGUUUUUUGUAAAGAAAUCCAUAAUUUGCUCGAAAGAUGACAGAAAGUUACAGAAAACGAAGGAAAAUAUUUUGAUAACUGAAUUGUAUUACAUAUAUUAUGCACCUAAAGCGAAAAAAAGACUAAAACUUUUGCAUACACCUAAUACAUUAUUUACUUACUGUGUGCACACGAGUUUUGUUCGAAAAAUAGUGUUUCCCAUUUUAGAAUAAAAAAACUGGUUACCCAACCAUAAAUUAUAUGUAGGAUUAUAAGAGUGAGAUAUUGUAUUUAUAUCAGCUGUGAAUUUCCCAAUUUUUUUUGCAAUUGUUUUACGUGUGAUUCAUACCAAAUGUUAUCAGAUUAAUUAGUUCUACUGCUUAGCGGUAUCGGGUACCACGUUAUCAGAUAUUAAUUCUUAAAUAUAGGUGCAAUAUGUUAGGCAUAAUAUUGCUGCGAGACUCAAUGAAGUAAAUCUUGCAGUAGCUAUACCGUUAUGUACGUAUUAUACAUUCCAAUGGAUGAUAUUAGUUGAAAAGAAUAUAAAAUAUAGUUUGCGGUUCCUAUUCUGUUUACGUAGUCAUAUGAAACCAAAGCCAUGAUAUAGUUACAUGACAUUUUUAAUACAUAUGUAUGAAUGUAUUAGUUUUUUAUCAAUCUCCAUUACAGUUUUCUACCUCGCAAACUUAUAUUCUUUCAUUCAAAACUUUUAAUUAGCUUCUUAAAACUAAAAUGUGUAUAAAGGCUAAGAGUCGAAAUCGAAUUUGAGACCUAUACAUGAUUGAAACUAGAAUUUUUUGUAUAGAUAUCUACAUACAGAUAUCCGAUUAAGAAGUGUUUGCUCUCAUUUGUGCGUUGAUUUUCGAUCUUUAGUAUAUUCGCUGCUGAUUUAUUUUAUAGUGAAAUGCAAUAUUUGUCUACAGGCAACACAAAAGUCUAAGAAAUAUAAAUACGUAAAAAUAUUUUUUUAGACAUUUUAGAUUUUUGUUCAAGAAGACGAAUAAACAGAUUCCACGCACGAAGAACCGCGUCCGACCCUAAUUGCCUCUUUUCUCUCUUAUUUUUAAUUCUCGAGGGUCAUUCUAUGAUUUUAUUAGAUUUUUGUGUUGUUUGGAUGACUACGAAAUAUUUCUUACGUCGCACACGAUUUGUAGUACUUUAAUGGAUCUGUACAUAGUUAGCACACGAUGUAAGAAGUAUAAAACUCAAAUCUCGUUAAAUCUCUCGAAUGUUUCUAGGUAGCACAGCGAAACGUGUUUAUCGCAAAUAUUUGGCACACCGAGAGUGUCGAGUCGAAAUAGUAUUCUGGGCAGUACCUGCCGCUUUAUAGCCGCCCGCAUUCGUGAGCCGUAAUAUUUGACUCGCAUGUAUGUACUUGCAUGUAUAACAGCGGAUCGCUACCGCCGCUAUCGGGGCUAGAAUCGGAGCCGUGUACUUCGUCGAUCAGCUGUCACGAAUGUUUACAUUCGUCGGCCGAGUGCCGGCUUGUGGUGGGGUCCGUGGGGUCGCGGCCACCGUCCAGUUUCUUUCGGCCCGUCGCGUCGCGCGGUUCACGUAAUCCACGAGUGCUUUAUUGUGCCUUAUCGUCGCGCUGUCGCGCGGUAUCGAGCAAAUGCCAACGCGUAUCUUCCCUUGCUUUUCGGAAUCGGGUAAGCUUUGCGACCCUCCUUGCGACAGGAAUCGCAGCGGGUUUAUAAAAGAACACGUAGCAAAAUAUCUCUUGAAAAUAUUUAUUUAACGAGAGUAUUAUGCAGCGAGUAAAAAUACUGUAAAUUAGUAUCUAAGUUAACAUGCCGGUUAAAAGGGAUAGAUUUGUGGCUGGUUGAUUUGACAUCGAUUAUCACGACAUCCUACGAUAAUAAGUUUAUAUUGGAGUUUGUAACAUUGUUAUGCUGACUCGAAUGUUUUUAUUGUUAUAUCGUUUGAUAAUCUUGACGCAUUUGCACUGGUUAUAUAUUUUGUAUGCGUGUGGCCGUUCUUAAACGAGUUUGCUCUGAAGAUUGUGAACGGGUGUAACGCACAAUAUCCCAAUGUUUAAAUAAAGAGAUUAUUGUUGCAAA